GCCUAGCCGUGUUAUCAAUCGUCCUAGUCACCAGCGAAUAGUCAUUUGAAUUGUUCCUCCUUCGGUAUUACUUUGAAAUCCAAUAGUGAUCAGCGGGCUGAAAAGAAUGAGGAUUUUACAAAACCUGCCAGUACCUUGAACAACAAGAGUCUGUCACAGAGAGGUAUUUCAAAUGGACAGACUAUUAGUAACACUGCUGUUGAGUUUGCUGUCAUUUAUCGGCAUUCAUGCACAGAAUGGUCCUAUCCCCGACCAGAUUGCCAGCGAUACGUCCAUCUAUACUUACCGUAGCCCCACCCUUAGCGGAUUUGCUUAUUUGGCUGAGCACUUUGAUGAUCCUGGGCAUUUCAAAAAACAGUGGAUAAUAUCAGAGGCUAAAAAAGAUAACAUCAAUGAGGAAAUAGCUAAAUACGAUGGAAUUUGGACUCUCGAAGAAGCAGUGAAAAAUCCGCAGGAAGGAAACACAGGCUUGGUAUUAAAAAGCAAAGCUCGUCAUGCUGCUAUUUCUGCUCCCUUGUUAAGACCAUUUCAUUUUGAGGACAAGCCCUUGGUUGUUCAGUACGAAGUUACCUUACAAGAAGGUCAGGAGUGUGGCGGUGCUUACCUCAAACUGCUGAGCUUAGACCCCAUUCACAAAGACCUGAAGCUUUUUAAUGACAAGACUCCAUAUACAAUCAUGUUUGGUCCAGAUAAAUGUGGGAAUGAUCACAAGCUACACUUCAUUUUCCGUCAUCGAAACCCUUUGAAUGGUUCUAUCGAAGAAAAGCAUUGCAAGAAACCAAAAGACCGUCUUGAGGAUGCCUUUAAAGACAAGCAGCCACAUUUGUAUACAUUGAUUGUUCGCCCGGACAAUACCUUUGAAAUUAGAGUAGACAACAAAGUUGUGAAUGAAGGAACUUUGCUGGAUGAUUUUACACCACCUGUCAACCCACCUCUGGAAAUUGAAGACCCUGAAGAUAAGCGUCCAGAAGAUUGGGAUGAAAGAGAAAAGAUUCCUGAUCCCUUAGCGAUUAAACCCGAAGAUUGGGAUGAAGAUGCACCUGCUCACAUUGUCAAUGAGGAGGCUGUUAUGCCGGAUGGUUGGCUCGAAAACGAGUCGCCCAUGAUACCGGAUCCUAAUGCUCUAAAACCUGAAGAUUGGGACAUUGAGAUGGAUGGAGAUUGGGAACCACCGAUGUUGAGCAAUCCUCUCUGCGCUGAAGCACCAGGAUGUGGUCCAUGGAAGCAGCCGCUAAAACAGAAUCCUCGGUACAAAGGAAAAUGGUUGCCACCGUUGAUCAACAAUCCUAAUUACAAAGGAAAAUGGAUGCCUCGUCUUAUACACAACCCUAACUACUUCAAUGAUGAACAUCCCUUUAAGAUGACCUCGAUUUUUGCAGUCGGAUUUGAAUUGUGGUCUAUGUCACCUGACAUCCUUUUUGACAAUCUCAUCGUCACAGAUAGCGAAGAAGUAGCAAAGAAGUGGUCGGAUGACUCGUUUGAAGUACAAAGAGCAAGAAUUGCCCAAGAAAACGAAUCUUUCUGGGGCAGAAUGAUGCAUUCUAUGAACCAUAAGCCAGGCUGGUGGGCUAUGUAUUUUAUUUACUGUUCCAUACCAGUUGCGAUAUACGCGUCUUACCUAUUCAAGCGCUCUCAAGAGGACAAACGAGACUCAAAAUCAGAAGAUAGAGAACCCUUGCAAACGAAUGAAGAAGACAGUGCGGGAAUCGAUGAAGAUGCUGAAGUAGAAGAGAAAGAGGAAAGUGGUGAAGAGAACAAAGAAGGUAUGGAACCAGAGGAGUUUGAGUCAAAUGAGGACACAAAAGUUACCACAGCUGUACAACCAAAUGAGAAGUCACAGGCUGGAGGCGAUGGACCCCGUCGAAGAAAGCCUAAUAAAGAGUGAGCAUAGCGAUGAUUUAUCUAUCGUACUCGCAUUCCGCUGUAAGUUCAUUAUCACAGGUCCUACAAUUAAAAAAUAUUGUUAAUGUGGUUAGUAUUAAAUUAAUCUUUGACGGGAAAAAAUUCAUUUGUUGGCGUGUGACGUUUCUUUACUAUAAAUUAGAUCUCGCAUUAUUUCAUAUCAUUCAUGGAUAACAAUGAGAAUAUGUUCAUUAGCAUUUUCACGUGUCAGGAAAAAAAUGAUCUGUCCGUGCGAUGCGAUGUAUGCAACAGUGUUCCAAAUCUCUCAGAAUUUUUUUAACGGAUACUUUCUAUUCAAUAUCUGUUCAUAAUAUGAUUACAAAAGGUUGGAUAAAAUGAACAUUCACAGUCAUAGUAGUUGGAUUAAAACUUUUAGUGUCCCUUAAAAGUAAGACUAAGGUGUUUGCUGUGUAAUUUUCUAUUGUCAUCACUUUGCAGUGCAAUGCGAAUUUAUGUUGUUUUACGUGAUUUUGAGUAGUUCAUAACUUGCAACUAUUUUCUUUUCUUGUUAUUUGUCUUCAGACCUCAGCACCUAUGUUGAAGUAAAAUCUUUGACAGACAAAGUUUUCGGCUGUAGUGGAAAACUAUGUGAAAACUAUUUCACGUUAAUCUUAAUUAUAGUCUAGGACGAAAUAAGGCAGCACGAUAUUAGCCGUUUUAUCGUGGCGCAUUUUUCUAGUCCAACAAGUCCUGUGGAGUGCAUUCGUGAAAUUUAUUCAAAAAAUACGGACAAUUCCAUGCAUUUGAAUAUUAACAAAAAUAGGUGUUUGGAUGCUUUUCUUAGACUGUAAACAAACGUAUAAAAAAACUCGUUCACCUGACUGCUGGAUACGAAUUUCAUGUAAUCAUACCUCAGAAUGGAGUAAUCUUUUGAAAACGUGUUCCUUGAUUACUAGUAGGUAUGACCAUGUAAGACCAGUUGAUGUAAGCUUUGAAUAACAUGAAAGUCAGUUUAAUUUAUUGUGCAACGUUUAAGUCAAUUCCAAAUAUUCCUUGAUACUACAUUUAUUUAUUUAACCACAAGUAAUGGAUUUCUCUUUAGUUUUUACUCUAGUAUUAUGUAGGUAUAUGAAUCAGCCAAAGCAGAGACGUUUCAAACUGUUUUUGGAUAAUUUUAUAGUGAGAUGUUGUACGCAUUUCAAUAAACAUAUUAUUAUAAUAAGAA